AUGGCGCCUGUACCAGGUUUAGUGUCUACCAGGGCUGCCGGCGACCCCCUCGCCGAGAAUUUGACACGGAGCCAAGUUAUAGGUGAGAGCUGGGCUCAAGGGUUCAAUAUUGGCUCGGUGGUAAUUCUUCUACUCUUUGUUCUAUGCAACUAUCGGAAAGGGGUGGUUUUGCACAAACUGAUUCUCCUUGAGCUCUUCUUGGCCGGAUGGAACGGAAUAUUCAUCUUUUUCGACGACCCUGCGUAUGGAUGGAUACUUAGCAGUACUUCUGCUCUCCUCUACAUUUCAUACAACCUUCACAAUGUCAUAUCCUGGCUCAAGAUCAAACCCUUCCUUCCAAGAUGGGGAGGGCUUCUUUUUAUCAUAUCACUUAUGCUGGUUCAGCCAUAUUGGAUACUGGAGACAGUGGCCAACUUCCAGUACUUCAACCUUUUGGGGAACAACAUAGACCCAUGGUGGAUCUUCACCACAGUCAAGUUGGUCAUGGUGAUCAACAAAAAUUACGGCUACACGUUGGUAGCACUGAUCAGGACGAGCCCGCGAUUUGGUGUACUGCUUCUCUGCAUGUUCAUGUCAAUUAUCUUCUUGGCAACCGAUGUCGCUGUGACGGCGACAAUGUCGACUCCAAGCGGCAUCAAUCCAUUUUGGCGUCUCGCCCUUGUAUUCAAGUGUGCAUCCGAUGUUAUUUUCCUCGACGAUUUCAAGAGCGUCCUCGACCACAUCGCCGAGACGGCUCUUCGUCGUAUCAACAACAGUGGCCAAUACGGUUCAAGUCUCCACGGAUUGAGCGCUCGUCACAAUGGAAUGAACACUCGCCAGCCACCGAACCUGGGUGCUGGGCCCGGCGUCGCAAUGUCUACGAAAAACAAGCGGGGAAAUGUCGCGGCAGUUACAAAUGCAGCUUCAGGGUGGACUCCUUCGAGACUGGCGAGGAGCCGGCUGAGUCUGGACAGCGACGAGAUACGACUGGGACUUACAUCUGUCGAGGGCUCGCGGAAGCAGAACGACGGCAAUAUGAUGGCUAAAACCAUGAUUGUGAUUUCGGAUCAGAGUGAUGUCAGCCAUACUCACUCUUGUAUUUCAGCAGACACGUAUGGUUCCAAGGAGGACAUCCUGGCAGCAGCGAAUGGCGACAAGGGACAACAAGAACGAGGAAAUAGAACAUCAGCCUACGUUAGCACAGACAUUGUGUCAAACAGCCGACUUGAGAAAAGUCAACCGAAGCCAUCUCCAUCUCCCUCAAUUGGAGAUGGUCAGGAAAUACCCAUGGUCCCCAUCAAGGCACAGCUGUCGCUGAGGAGGAAAAGCGACUCAAUUUAA